GAGAGAGAGAGAUAGAAAAUGGGGAGAGCGUUUGUGUACGUGAUACUUGGUGGAGGCGUCGCCGCUGGUUAUGCAGCUCUUGAAUUCACCAAGAAAGGUGUCUCUCAUGGUGAACUCUGCAUCAUCUCCGAAGAACCUGUGGCUCCUUAUGAGAGACCUGCACUAAGCAAAGGCUUUCUACUGCCAGAAGCUCCUGCACGCCUCCCUGCAUUUCACACUUGUGUUGGUGCCAACGAAGAGAGGUUAACACCAAAGUGGUACAAGGAACAUGGAAUUGAACUGAUUCUGGGUACUCGGGUAAAGUCUGCUGAUGUGAGACGUAAGACACUACUGACUGCAGCAGGGGAAACCAUCAGCUACAAAUUUCUAAUCAUUGCAACAGGUGCCCGGGCUUUGAAGCUUGAAGAGUUUGGUGUGAGUGGAUCAGAUGCUGAAAAUGUAUGUUAUCUACGCGAUUUGGCUGAUGCAACCAGGCUUGUCGACGUGAUGCAAACCUCCACGGGUGGAAAUGCGGUAGUUAUUGGUGGUGGUUACGUUGGAAUGGAGUGUGCUGCUUCGUUGGUGAUAAAUAAGAUAAAUGUUUCAAUGGUGUUCCCUGAGGCACAUUGCAUGGGCCGUUUGUUCACCCCCAAGAUUGCGAGUCAUUAUGAAGAAUUUUAUAAAUCCAAGGGUGUAAAUUUUGUCAAAGGCACAGUUCUGUCAUCAUUUGCUUUCAACCCUGAGGGGAAGGUUAGUGGAGUUUAUCUCAAGGAUGGAAGCUACCUUCCUGCCGAUUUGGUGGUGGUAGGAAUUGGAAUCCGUCCCAACACGAGUCUGUUUGAAGGCCAACUGACUUUAGAGAAGGGAGGGAUUAAAGUAAACGGGCGGUUGCAAUCCAGCAAUAGUUCAGUGUAUGCAGUUGGAGACGUUGCAUCAUUUCCCGUCAAGAUUUUCGGUGAAAUCCGAAGACUCGAGCAUGUCGACGCCGCCAGGAAAUCAGCUCGGCAUGCCGUCUCUGCAAUACUGGAACCCGAGAAAACACCAGAAUUCGACUACUUGCCGUUCUUCUACUCGAGGGUCUUCUCAUUGUCGUGGCAGUUUUAUGGAGACAACGUAGGUGAAGCCGUUUAUUUUGGAGAUUUCUCGGGGACUAGUUUUGGUGCUUAUUGGGUGAACAAGGGUCAUCUAGUUGGGUCUUUUCUGGAAGGUGGAAGUAAAGAAGAGUACGAGGCGAUAGCCAAGGUGACGAGGCUCAAACCGGUGAUCGAGGAUUUGAGCGAGCUAGAGCGGCAGGGUUUGGGGUUCGUGGUGGCAUUGAGCCAGAAACCGGGUGUAUCUGAAGCAGCAAAAGAUAUGGAUGUGGGUGGGUCGAGCCUUGUUUUAGAGAAAGCAAUGUACCCAUGGCAUGCAGCAGCUGGGGUUGUGGUGGCGGCAUCGAUUGCUGCAUUUGCUUAUUGGUAUGGAAGGAGACGCCGUAGAUGGUGAGAAUAGAAUUAAUUCCAUUUAUUAUUCCACUAUUUGAGAUAUUUAUACCCAUACCAUACCUAUAACUUAUAUUAUACCCUUGUUGUGCAAUUUUAUUAGGAUAAAAUAUACAAUGUUCUAUUCUA